AUGCCCACCGCCAUCGUGACCGGCGCAACUGGCAUCCUCGGUCGCGAGAUUAUCCACCAUGCCUCCCCCGACACCUGGAAAACCGUGCACGCCCUCUCGCGCUCCCAGGCAGAGCACUACCCAUCGCACAUCGUACACAACAAGAUCGACCUCCUCGCCGCACCGGAGGACCUCGCGAAGCAAUUGAAAGACCAGAAUAUAGAGGGCGAGUAUCUGUUCUUCACGGCCUAUUUACAAAAGGACGAUGAGGGCGAGAUGGAGAGGGUUAAUGGGAACAUGAUCCAAAACUUCCUCCAAGCCCUCACCCUAACAGGCGCCGAGAAGCUCCUCAAACGGGUGAUCCUAACAACCGGCGCAAAGCACUACGGCGUGCACCUCGGACCCGUCAAACAGCCCAUAGAAGAGCACGACCCCUGGGUCGAAGGCGAGGGUCGUCCUCCGAAUUUCUACUAUCGACAGCAGCGUAUCGUGGCCGAGAGGAGUCAGUCGAGUAAAGAGCGGACGGGCGGACGCGGGUGGGACUAUGUGGUUACGUAUCCAAAUGAUGUUAUUGGGGUUGUCAAGGGAAACUUCAUGAACCUGACCACCGCCCUCGGGCUCUAUGCGACCAUCACCAAGGAACUGGGCGCGCCGUUCGUCUUUCCCGGCUCGCCGGCAUUCUAUACGAGAUUUGAUAGCUUCACGGCGUCGCGGCACCAUGCCCGGUUCUGUCUGUGGGCGAGUCGGGAACCGCGGUGCUCGAAUGAGGCGUUCAAUGUUGUCAACGGGGAUGUGCAGUCUUGGCAAACGAUGUGGCCGCUUCUAGCAGAGUACUUUGGGCUCCGGGUGCCGGAGAGGCAGUUUGACAAUGAGGACGAAAAGGUCGUUCCGUUGAUUGAGAGGCCGCCGUUAUUGGAGCAAGCUGGAGCGAUGGGGAUUCGGGAUCGGGUUGGGAGGGGGGAAGUACGGAUGCAUGUGGAUUUGCUGAGUUGGGCGCAGCGGGAGGAUGUCAAGAGGGCUUGGGGCGAGGUGGCCGAGAGGGAGGGCUUGCAGGUGGACGCAUUUGAGAAGGCGACGUGGUUCUUUUUGAACUUCGUGCUGGGGAGGAAUUAUGAUGUGGUUAUUAGUAUGAAUAAGGCGAGGAGGUAUGGAUUUACGGAGGCGGUUGAUACGUGGGAGGAGUUAAGGGGGGCGCUGGAUGACUUGGUCAAGGAGGGGAUUUUGCCAGGGAGGAAAUAG